CUGUAUGGAUUAUUUCGCUACAAUCCCAUGAUGCUUGGACUGGAAUCCCUCCCAGACCCCAUGGACACCUGGGAGAUUAUAGAAACCAUUGGCAAAGGCACUUACGGCAAGGUCUACAAGGUAGCCAACAAGAGAGACGGGAGUCUGGCGGCUGUGAAGAUCCUGGACCCCGUGAGUGAUAUGGAUGAAGAGAUCGAGGCUGAAUACAACAUUCUGCGGUUUCUCCCUAACCACCCCAAUGUGGUGCAGUUUUAUGGGAUGUUUUACAGAGUGGAUCGUUGCGUCGGAGGACAGCUGUGGCUGGUCCUGGAGCUGUGUAACGGGGGCUCUGUCACUGAGCUUGUCAAGGGCCUCCUGAGACGUGGUGAGCGGCUGGAUGAAGCUGUGAUCUCCUACAUUCUGUAUGGAGCCCUCUUGGGCCUUCAGCAUUUGCACCACCAUCGAAUCAUCCACCGGGAUGUGAAGGGGAAUAACAUUCUUCUGACAGCAGAAGGCGGAGUUAAGCUCGUUGACUUUGGUGUCUCUGCUCAGCUUACAAGCACACGACUACGGAGAAACACAUCAGUUGGGACCCCAUUCUGGAUGGCCCCUGAGGUCAUUGCUUGUGAACAGCAGUAUGACUCAUCCUAUGACGCUCGUUGUGACGUCUGGUCUUUGGGCAUCACAGCCAUUGAGCUGGGAGAUGGAGACCCUCCCCUCUUUGAAAUGCAUCCUGUGAAAAUGCUCUUUAAGAUCCCAAGGUAG